AUGGCUAGUUUGGGAUUUGGAAGGGUAAAAAUAUCUCGCUGUGUGGUUAUUCUUCUUGCACUGGCUGGUACAGGGCUUGCGGAGACAGUUCAGAGUCAGAGUCAGAGUCAGAGCCAGGUACCAAGUUCGGAGAUAUGCCCGGCCGAGAAUAUUUGGGAAGUUGAGGCACGAAUUCUCCGAGAGGAGACGUGUCUUGAAAACCGACGGGGUCCUGGAUUACAAGCUGAUUUGGGCUCUGGGAUGCCUGUUGCCGGGAAUUAUACAGCUGGGGUGGAUUCGGAUUUUGGUGCCGCGCAGGGAACAGAUGAUACCGGUGCAGUAGUACCUGAUAUUGAGGCUGAGACUGCUACCCCGCAAGAGGCUGAGCAAGAUACGGAUUCUCUGCUCGAUAGCGCGAGCUUCUUAUCGUUUGAAGAUUGGAAGAAGCAGAAUCUCGCGAAGGUCGGACAAUCAGCCGAGAAUGUCGGGGGAAGUCGCCGAGUAGCUGCUGCCGGUAAAGAGGGAAGAAGACAACCUGGGAUCAACAAUGCGUUGGAUUCAUUAGGAGACGACGCGGAGAUUGAAUUGGAGUUCGGCGGUUUCGGUGCUGAAACACCAGAAGCUAGUCCUACGGCAUGGGGGACGCCGAUUCCAUCGCCAUCCGCGGAUACUCCAGACGACGAGGAAAAUGAUGCUCAUCUUAGACAGGUACACCGAGCAGAUAUUUCGCGGCGGAAAGAUGCCGGGACAACGUGCAAAGAGCGAUUCAAUUAUGCAUCUUUUGAUUGUGCGGCUACUGUUUUGAAGACGAAUCGGGAGUGUAAAGGGUCUUCUUCUGUUCUUGUUGAAAACAAGGAUAGUUAUAUGCUGAAUGAAUGUCGGGCUCAGAAUAAGUUUCUUAUUCUGGAACUGUGCGAUGAUAUACUCGUUGACACUGUUGUUCUGGCCAAUUAUGAAUUUUUCAGUUCCAUCUUUCACACGUUCCGCGUUAGUGUAUCUGAUAGAUACCCUGCGAAACCGGAUCAGUGGAAAGAAUUAGGUGUUUAUGAAGGCAGAAAUACCCGCGAGGUGCAGGCGUUUGCUGUUGAGAACUCUCUCAUUUGGGCGAGGUAUCUUCGUAUUGAGUUCUUGACGCACUAUGGCCAUGAGUUCUUCUGUCCUAUUAGUCUGAUCCGAGUACAUGGAACGACUAUGAUGGAAGAGUAUAAACACGAUGAAAGUGCUGGUCGGGCUGAAACGGAGGAUAUCGACGAGGUCGAGGUCGAGGUCGAAGAAGCCCACGUCAAUACUAAUGACGAACCGGUCGCCCCUCCAGAGGUUGUGGAUGAGCCCGUGGCGGAGGAAAUCGACAAUACUCCAUUGCCUGAAACUUACCCUCAAGUACUCAGUGAGGUAGAAUUGCUGCUGUUGGGCAUUUCACAGAAACCCGACGAGACUUGUGAUAUCAAUCAACGACCGCCACCGGAGACUAUCUCUGAGGGUACUGCUUCUGUCGCUUCAGCAAAUGUGAAUUCCACAGCCACAAUGGAUGGAGCUCCGGCGGCCCAAUCUGGCGCGUCCGCACCGCCAAAGGCACCAGAAGACACUCGGAAACCCGGGAAUUCUACAAACGCUAUGAUGACGACUCCUGAUGCUUCCGUUGCAGCUGCAGAAGUACCUCAACAGAACUCCACUGCCGAGAGUACAGGCAAAUCAGUGGGUAGCUCCAAGGAGGACAAUAGUCCAUCACCCGAGUCCAUCAGGCCGACAUCUACCCAACCUCCCUCCUCAAACCCGACCACCCAAGAAUCAUUUUUCAAAUCCGUGAACAAGCGACUCCAAAUGCUUGAAUCGAACUCUACGCUCUCCCUCCUAUAUAUUGAAGAACAAUCCCGAAUCCUCCGUGACGCAUUCAACAAAGUCGAAAAACGUCAGCUUGCAAAGACAUCUACGUUCCUUGAAACACUUAAUGUCACAGUUCUCAGCGAGCUUAAAGAGUUUCGAGAACAAUACGACCAUGUCUGGAAUUCUGUGGCUUUUGAAUUCGAGCAUCAGCGAAUGCGAUAUCACCACGAAGUGCACGCCCUCAGCGCCCAGCUAGGUGUUUUAGCCGACGAACUUGUAUUCCAGAAACGUGUCACUAUAAUACAAAGUAUCAUGGUUCUAUGCUGCUUUGCACUGGUUUUAUUCUCCCGAGGCUCAGUCGGAAACUACAUGGAAUUCCCUCGAGUGCAACGAAUGGUGGCUCGCUCCUACAGUCUACGCGAUUCAUCCCCCAUCUCAGCUUCACUUUCUGCCAGCCCAGGCUCAACGCGGCCUACGUCUUCCUAUCGCCAGAACGAGACUCACCGACGCAAUUUAUCGGACAGUUCCUCGUCUCAGGAUAGUCCAGCCAGCCAGUCAGCUCCUUUUAUCCCGCCAACCCCCACAUCUCAUGUUUCUCAGGAUAUGAGCCCUGAGAAGUCCGAUGAGCCCCCAUCUCCAGAGUCGAUGUCUGUACCUACGAUUGGAACACCCCAUUUUCGGUCCCAUAGUACUCCGCCUGUUUUAAAUGGACAUCCGUCUAUAUUGGAUCAGGACGACGAAGGGGAUGAAUUUGCACUGGCGGCGGAGGUAUCUCAGACAUCGGACGAGGGUUUAACACUAUGA